CAGCUGGAGAGUGAAUAGACCCUUGACAAACUGCUUGACUGGAACGAAAGAGACACAAUGGACACAUGGAUGGAUAUCAGUCUUUUUUCCAUAGUUCAAACUGGAAGUUGAGAGAUGUCUAUCAGAAAUACUGCAUUUUAAAAAUUAAAAAGUUUGUCACAGCAGUGUCAUCAGUCAUGGAGGAUCUCUCUCGUGCUAACAGUCUCUUCGCUCUGGAUCUCUAUCGGGCUCUGAGCGCAAACAACGCCGAGGAAAACGUGUUCUUUUCCCCACUGAGCAUCAGCGCAGCGCUCAGCAUGGUUUACUUGGGAGCCCGAGGAGACACUGCCAAAGAAAUGGCAAAGGUUUUGUCUUUCAGUUCUGUGUCUGACGUUCACUCUCAUUUUAAGACCCUCACCUCAACUAUCAACAGACCAUCAGCCACCUACAUCCUCAAACUGGCCAACCGCCUCUAUGGAGAGAAAACUUUUAACUUCUUACCUGAGUAUUUGGACUCCAUUCUGAAGCUGUACCACACUGAACUUCAGGCUGUGGACUUCAUUGGAGCAUCAGAGAUGUCACGACAGCUCAUUAACAAAUGGGUGGAAGAGCAGACAGAGAAUAAAAUUAAAGAUCUUCUUAAGCGUGGUGCGGUAAAUGAAACGACCCAACUAGUUCUGGUUAAUGCCAUCUACUUUAAAGGGACCUGGAUGGACACAUUUGACCCAAAAGACACACAUGAAAUGCCAUUUAAAAUAAACCAGAAUGAGAGCCGGCCUGUAAAAAUGAUGUACCAGAAGAAAAUGUUCCCCUUCAGAUACAUCCCAGAGUAUGAACUGCAGGUGCUGGAGUUACCAUAUAAAAAGUUCGAACUCAGCAUGUUGAUCCUUCUUCCAAAGAAAACUCAGGAUGACUCUGACUCUCUUCUAAAGCUGGAGAGUGAGUUGACUAUUGACAAGCUGCUUGACUGGACCAAAAGAGACAAAAUGGUCCCAUGGACUGAAGUCAAAGUCCAUUUGCCAAAGUUCAAGCUGGACAUUGAGAGCCCCCUAUCAGAAAUACUGCAAGAGAUGGGUAUGAGCUCUUUGUUCCGGGAAACAAAGGCUGAUCUGACAGGCAUGAGCAGUAAUGGUCGUCUCUUCAUUUCGGCAGUGGUUCAUAAGGCUUUUAUUGAGGUGAAUGAGGAAGGCACUGAGGCAGCAGGAGCCACUGCAGCCUGCAACUGUCUCCAUGUACUAGAAUGUCAAAGUUUCAUAGCAGAUCACCCCUUCAUGUUUUUCAUCAGGCACAACCCCACUGACAGCAUCCUCUUCCUUGGCAGAUUCAGAGGUCCAUCCUAGAAGUGUGUUUUUCUCUGUUUAAGCCCUAAGUGCAAGGCUUAUCCUUGUCCAGUGUCUGCACUAUUUCUGCUGAAGUAAAUUUUUCAUGUCAGUUUUUAGUAUUAAUUUAAAAUGAGACAAAUAUGCUAUUAUGUUAAUCGCCAAUCUGUUACUUAUCAGUUUAGAUAGUUUAUUAAUGCUUGGCAAGCCAGCAGAAGACACUACCCACUUUUAUAUUCCAGUCGCGCUGAUGGGGAAAGUUGUAUCACUGCGUUACAAUCUAUAUUAAACUAUGCUAUUCUAUGACAUUAGCCAUGUAAUUUUCACUAUUUACUUUCAUGGAUCUUAAAAAGAAACCACAAGAAACUGGUAAAUAAAGA